AUGAAUUUUAAAGACUUGCAAUACUCGAUUGGAAAAUUCAAGGCAGAUGUACACUCACAACUAGCUAAAAACAACCCUUUGCAAAAGCAAGAUACAAAAGCAUUAUCACUAUGGAUUUUUCAGGAAAGAAAUGACUUGGCUUCUAUGCGAACACUGGCUUACGAACGUUCUGAAACAAAUAAAGCCUUCAAGGCAUGGGUAAAAGAAGAAUGCGAAGAAGAAAAG